AUGGAGAACGGAUUCAUUGCUUCGAUUAUUCUACAGCAUCGGGAUGUGUUUGCAUCCGUUGCGGAAUUUCUCCGCAUCCUAGCAGGAAUCUGCUGGACGCUGAACUAUUUUAGCAUGCUAUAUAAAUCAUGGCGUCACAAACUUCCAAGUACUGGGAUUUUUCCAAUUUGUUGCGACAUUGCGUGGGAAUAUGUUUACGCCUUUGUCUACCCCUCCGCGAGUGCGCACUGGCAAGGGGGAGUUCGCGUGUGGUUUCUUGUCCAUUGCAUUGUCAUCAUUUUCAUCAUCAGGUAUGCGCCCAACGAAUGGACCAACAUGCCAUUGGUGCAACGUUACAUCUGGUUGGUCUACGGUGCUGUGAUUCUCGGGUUCGCUUUUGGCCAGUUGGCAUUCGCAGCGGAGGUUGGGCCUGAGUUGGGAUUCUUCUACGGCGGGGUCCUGUGCCAGACCCUCGCCAGUCUGGGGCCAAUAUGCCAGAUUCUGUCCCGGAACAGUACUCGCGGUGCCUCUCUUCUAACAUGGCUCCUAAGAGCCAUCGCGACUUUUGGAGGGUUUAUUAAAUUGAGUAUUUACUUUUUCCUUGGGAGGGACGAAGGACCCUGGUUCGAAAGUCCGAUGUGCAAGUUUUAUAUUGGCUUGACCUUGAUUCUCGAUUUCACAUACCCUUUCUGUUAUUACUUCAUCCGGCGCCAGGAAUCAGUCAGGGAUACACAGAAAGCCAGGAAGUCGAAGUGA